CGCUCAUAUCAAAAUAUUUGGGUCCUGAUAAUAUUGUCAUUUAUGGAAGUCAGAGGCUAAGGGGUAAACCCGUGAAAUGUGCACUAAUUAGAUAAAUGCGUUGGUGUUACUAAAACGUUAGAUGAUUGGAGGCUACAGGCGCUUUGAUACGAGCCGCGCACAGUUCUUUUUAUUUUUUUCGCAUUUUUCAGUUCCACAGCUGGAGAGGCGCCGUUACAAUGGUGGUUGCCACUUUGCCACGGUUAGCUACCCCGCAGCCGGUGUUUAAGCUUCUUGCGAACUAUGCGCAGUGCAGACACCGGUUCCUGCUAAACAUUAGCUCUAAACAGAUAAUGUGUCAAACGACACUGCUUUGUCACCACAAAUAUCCGCCGCAACGUCCUUUCGCCGACUACAAAAAGGGAAGUUUCCAAACAGUGAAUCCAGUAAAAGGCCGUGAAAUAAUCCAGAAUGUCAUCGAACAGAAGCGCGAUAUCCUCCGGCAGAAGAAACUGCAUUUGGUCAAAGACCUUCAGGAAACGAAGACCCGAGUUCAGGAGAAGGUUCGCGAAAAAGUCGGGGAGGUUAUCGAGAGGGAGAACAUAUUUACAAUCCCAAAUUUCCUCACUGUCGGACGCGGCCUCCUCUCACCGUAUCUGGGGUACGUGAUAAUUCAAAGUGAUUACAAACUGGCGAUGGUCCUACUGAUCACGGCCGGCAUAACAGAUCUGCUUGACGGGCAGAUAGCGAGACGAUGGCCGCAACAGGCCAGCAAAUUUGGUUCCUUCAUUGACCCUAUGGCGGAUAAACUGCUUAUUGGGUCGUUGGUUAUAUCAAUGGGCUAUUGCGAUUUACUGCCAAUUUGGUUGUCCGGUAUGAUUUUAUUCAGAGAUGCCUUUUUAAUUGGCGCAGGAUUUGUUAUUCGAUACAUCAGUCUUCCACCACCUAGAACGUUUACUCGGUACUUCGACGCCACUCACGUUACUGCCCAAUUAGAACCUACAUUUAUUAGCAAAGUAAAUACUGUAGUCCAACUACUAACAAUCGGUAUUAGUCUUGGUGCUCCCAUUUGGAUGUAUGCAGAUCAUCCCGUCCUGCAUGGCCUUUGGUACAUAACCGGUGCAACCACGGUGGCUGCAGCUCUUAGCUACAUUCUCAAGAAAGAUACGUACAAGAUCCUAAAGAAGCCACACUAGUUACGCCAGCGAUUUGUUACGUGGUGAACGAUAUGUUGUAGAUGUACUAUUUUCCGAAUGUUAAUCUGAUUUAAAGUGAAAAAAAUUGAAAAUGGAAAAUGCGGUUUUUUAACGAAUUGUUUAUAAUUGAAAAUAAAAAUUAUAAAAGAAAGCAACUGGA